UGUCCUCCACCCCUGUGCUUGUUCUGGCCCCUCUCUCUCUCUCUCUCUCUCUCUCUCUCUCCAAGUGUUUUCCCAGCCUUCACCACCAUCACCAUCGAAGCACCCUGAAUGCAGCUUUCUCCCUAAUGAUCUUGGUUUUCUUCUGAGUCCUUCAGCUUGUGGAUCUUGGUUAAUUUCCUGAUGAACACCGAAUAGCCUUCUUCCUAAUCAUCGAACUUUUAGACUUCUAUCCGAUCUUCCUCACAAAGCCCCGUAACGAAUCAGCUGAGCCAAUUUCUUCAUCAUUUCUAGUUUGUGUUAAGCUGGCUUGCUUUCUUCUCCUUCUUCCUUAGAGAAGCAUUUAUAAAAGCCUUCAGAUCAUGUAAUAUUUGUCUGUGUCUUUUCAUAACACAAUCCAAAAAAAAUCACAAAAAAGCAAGAUUAGUAGUUUUUCUUAUCUAUGAUCUCUGAGUAAAACUCCAUCUGUUGUAUCAAAUCCUGGCUGGGGUUCUACCAUUCCUAUAGCAAAAGCUUCAUAAAAACCAUCAAAUCAUGUAACUUUUUCCCUUCUUAAUCAUCGCUCUCAGCCCCCCCCGCCCCCCCCCCCCCAAAAAAAAAAAGCAUCCCCCUUCAAAAAAAGCCAAAAAAAUUACAGGUAGUUGCCAGUAGACAAUGCCGGAACCGGAAACGCCGACCGCGUCGGCCCCUGCGACGCCGGGCACGCCGGGCGCGCCGCUCUUCAACUCGCUCCGGGUUGACUCGCUCUCCUACGAUCGGAAGUCGAUGCCGAGGUGCAACAAAUGCCUCCCGGUGGACGCUUGGACCUCCCCACACACGUGCUUCACGGAGUUCCCCAAGCCCGAUGUCUCCCUCACCCGCAAGAUAGGAGCUGAAUUCGUGGGCACCUUCAUCCUAAUCUUCGGCGCCACUGCAGCUCCCAUAGUGAAUCAGAAGUAUAACGGGGCCGAGACUCUCAUCGGCAACGCUGCAUGCGCCGGUCUCGCCGUCAUGAUCGUCAUCCUCUCCACCGGCCACAUCUCCGGCGCCCAUCUCAACCCCUCACUCACCAUCGCCUUCGCGGCUCUACGCCACUUCCCUUGGUCCCACGUCCCCGCCUACGUGGUGGCCCAAGUCUCCGCAUCCAUCUGCGCCUCCUUUGCGCUCAAGGGUGUCUUUCACCCUUUCCUUUCCGGUGGUGUCACUGUGCCUUCUGUCAGCACUGCUCAGGCCUUCUUCAUCGAGUUCGUCAUCACUUUCAAUCUCCUCUUCGUCGUGACCGCCGUCGCGACAGAUACUCGCGCGGUGGGAGAACUUGCCGGAAUCGCGGUCGGGGCCACGGUUAUGCUCAACAUUCUUAUAGCAGGGCCAUCCAGUGGGGGAUCAAUGAAUCCGGUCCGAACUCUCGGACCGGCGGUCGCAGCAGGCAACUACAAACAGAUAUGGAUAUAUCUGGUGGCGCCGACUGCCGGUGCUGUUGCCGGAGCUGCGGUUUACACAGCUGUGAAGCUGAAGGGAGACGAUGGCGAGUUGCCGCGACGGAGCUUCCGCCGUUAAAUGGUGGCUUUACUGCAGCUUGCUGUCAAGUAAUAACAAUAAACUCAGGUAAGAGAAGGGUUGAUCUUUGUUUUCAAUAUAUUACAGACUUAUGCCGAAGCGGACGUGACAUUAAGUUCGCUCUCUGCAAGUCUCUCUUGUAGUGGCUGAAGGAAGUGAUAUGAUGUGGAGUGUAGACUGUUGUGUUGUGGAUGUGAGUGCGAUGUUGUCUUUUGAAUCGUGUGAGAUGGGGCGAACCGGAUCGCACGGCGAGGUUUGGUUUAGUCCUGAUGCUUUGUGUCGUUGUCACGAGUCUUGGAAUAACACGGGUGGGUGGUGCAUCCAUCAAUCUGCCA